AUGGACAAGAAGCCAGACUACUCCCGUUGGACCAAGGAGGCUCUCGUCCAGCGGGUGCAGGCACUAGAAGCGGAACGAGCUGCUUCUUCGGCGCCUCGCUCCCAGGUCACGGAGCAGCAGUCUGCCGAGAUCGCGGCGGCAGUAUUGCAACAGCCACAGAGCAGCGCUGAUAAUGAUGGUCGGGAGCUGAAGCCCAAGAAAAAAAAGACGGACAAUAAGAUUGACCCUUCCAAAUACACGACUCGUCUGGUCGCCUUCAAGCUUGCAUAUAUUGGUAAGAACUAUGGCGGUUUCGAGUUCCAGGCCAGCUCGGCUCUGUCGACGAUUGAGGAGGAACUCUGGAAGGCGCUGGUCAAAAGCUGUCUCAUCAUGCCUGAGAAUCCGGCAGAGGUCAGGUGGGAUGACUGGGAAUACAGCAAGUGUGGCCGUACGGAUCGUGGCGUGAGCGCGUUCGGGCAGGUCAUUGGUAUUCGUGUCAGAAGUAAUCGUCCGCUGCCGAAGCAAGAUGUGACUCCAGCCUCUUCAGAACAAGCCGAAGUUGUAAAACAGGAAAACAAAAAGGCUGCUGGAGAGGAGACAGAGGAAGUGGCUGAGGAAAAGCCCUUUGACGACUUCAAAGACGAACUUCAGUACUGCAAGAUUCUAAACCGCCUGCUACCCCCAGAUAUUCGCAUUCUGGCUUGGUGCCCCACGGUGCCGGCAGACUUUUCGGCACGCCACGACUGCAGGGAGAGACAGUAUCGGUACUUUUUCACACAACCAGCCUACUCUCCCAUUCCAAACAGCCUCGAACACCCCAAGGCGACAGUCAAGGUCAAGGACGGUUGGCUGGACAUUGAAGCGAUGCGCAAGGCGGCCAAAAAGUUCGAGGGCGCGCACGACUUUCGGAACUUUUGCAAAAUUGACCCGAGCAAGCUCAUCACCAACUUUGAGCGCAGGAUUUUCGAGUGCGACAUUGUCGAAGUCGAACAUGUCGAGACGGCGCUGCCUUACCUGAGCCAGCCCGAGUUCCGACCGGCGUUGGACAACACAGGGACGGAGGUGGCUGAGGGAACAAGGUGCCCCAAGGUCUACUACUUUCACGUCCGCGGCUCGGCAUUCCUGUGGCACCAGAUCCGGUGCAUGGUCGCCGUGAUUUUCAUGGUCGGACAGGGGCUAGAGGCGCCCGAGGUUGUGGACCAGCUCCUCGACUACCAGGCACAGCCACGGCGGCCUAACUACGUCCUGGCGAGCGAGUUCCCGCUGGUCCUGUGGGACUGCUUCUUCCCGCGGGCCGGCGACCUGGAGCGCAAGGAUGCGCUGGACUGGGUCUAUGUUGGCGAGGACAGUCCGCUGAACAAGCACGGGGCCUUUGGCCUCGUCGAUGACGUGUGGGAGUUUUGGCGGGAGCGCAAGAUGGAUGAGAUCCUGUCGGGCCAGCUGCUCAAUGUCGUGGCCGGGCUUGCCGAUAUUGACAAGCGAAAAGACCCCCGCGCGCCGCCUCACGUUGCCCUGAGCCAGAGAAUGUUCGAGGGCGGCAACCGGGAGCGCCUCGUUGGCAAGUACCAGCCCAUGCUGAACAAGUCCAAGUUGCCUUUGCCGGAGGACACGUACGAGAAGGAAGCCAAGCGGAGGGGAUACAAGAGUGCCGCCCAUUGGAGGGAAGAGCGAAACAAUAAUGCGGCCAUUAGGAGAAGUGCUGCGGCCAAAGCAGAGGAAGAAGGAGGAGAAUGA